AUGCACUUCAUCUUGACCUUCUGCCUCUUUGCUAUCACUGCGCUUCACAGCGCAACUGCAACAGAGUACUGUCGGUGCGAAAACGAGUACUGGAACCGUGUAUUCACUGGCAUCAACCAAGCUUGCGACGGCUUCGGGUCAUGGCCACAGGAGCAGUACGAAAAUCUGAAAUCCUGGUGCUUCCAGCAAGAAGGCUACGACUAUAACAGCGGCACAUCAUACCGUGGCGACGUUGUGAAUUGUUACUCUCGCAAGUAUAUUAAUGAGUGCUGGUGGUACCAGGGGUGCCCGACGGGCUGUUCAUACGUAAACAACGAUAAGCGGCGUCGCGGCUGGCAACCUGAGGCCGACUCCUUCGUUACCCUCACUGAAUACAACGCGAAUGGGGAGGCGGUUGCGGGGACCCGAUGUGGACCUCUCCCCAAAGAUACUGCGUCGAGAAUUGCCGAUUCGUUCAAAAAUUGCACCUCGCGAGGAUUACAGUCGACCAACAUAGCAGUGGCCUGCACGGGCUCGCAGGGAGACGCGGGGAACUCGGAGACCAUGCAGGACUUUCACACUUUGUGUCACAAUGUCGGUGGCCUGCUACUUGACACCUCCGAUUCAAGCGGCCUCGCCACUCGGGGUGAAGACGAAGUAAAAGUAUAUUUUGUGGAUGAGGACGGAAAGAAAACUCUGAUUGCUUGA